AUUAUUUUUAAAUGUUCUUGUUUCAUUUCUGCUUUGACACACGCGUGUAAUAUUCCGCGUUAAUGUCAAAACCGUUAAAAAUAGGAUAACUUUGUAAAACAUGUAGAGGCUGUUUGUCUUUAAUGACAAGGGAUAUUCACCGACAGAAGUCAUACAAACUUAAUAAUAAUCAAUAAAUAAUUUGUCAAGCGCAGACUCACACUCCUAAGGUGUCGCAUGCAUUUCAUUCUAUUUUAAUCUUAACACAUCUACAACACUCGAAUUGAGAAUUUAUGACUGUUAAAACAGACGAAUGUUUUAAACCUGUCCACUUAUUUUUCAAAAUGAAUGCAUAACUCACUGCAAAAACCAAACAUUUUGCUGACAAAAUUUUGGAACACGCGACAAUUUUCCUCUCCAAUAUAUCUGUCGUUAGAAAGAAACAAUUUGUCUUUGACAAUCAUAGGGUGUAAAUAAUACUGGCGAGUAUAAUCAAAACGAAAGUUGCUUUUAUUUUUUUCUCCAAACACUGCUGGCUUUCAUUUGAAUUUCUUUAACUUUCCUUUUCUGGUUUAUUGCUGUACACUAGAUCGUAAGCCAAGAAGAAAUAUCUAAAAGUACUGACCAUAUGACUUUCCUGCUAUUGACAGUAUACUAGAGGUUCUCUAACAAAGGACAGAAUCUUCGUGGUAAGGUCUUGAUGUAUUUGAAUGUAACAACGUUACAAGUAUGGGAGGUACUAAUAAAAUUAAAUAAAAAUUAAAGAAAGAUUGUUUCCAAUGCAAUAAUUAGUAAUAUAGUAGUAAUAAUUAUCUUUUGAGAAAUGAUCUUGGAGGAGGUAUUCUUGAUUAUCAAUGAUAAUUUUGUCUAAUGUCCUUUAUACUAUACUAAUUAACUACAAAAUAAAAGCAAUUUUUUGACAGGUAUUUAACAGAUAACAGCAGAAAUACUAAAUCGACAUUUAAAAGCAAUGCAUGCAGCAUAAAAUUAUGUCCUUUAUACUAUACUAAUUAACUACAAAAUAAAAGCAAUUUUUUGACAGGUAUUUAACAGAUAACAGCAGAAAUACUAAAUCGACAUUUAAAAGCAAUGCAUGCAGCAUAAAAUUAUGUCCUUUAUACUAUACUAAUUAACUACAAAAUAAAAGCAAUUUUUUGACAGGUAUUAAACACUCGGCUCAGGGCCGUGCUUAGGGGCAGGUGUCAAGGGCCAUGCACAUACCUUAUGCCUCGGGCCCCGCGGGGGGUAAGAACGGGCCUGACUGUAACAAUUAAGUUGGUUGCUCUUUUCGCCUAUUUUGUAACCGAAAGCAGAUAGCAGCGAAACGAAAGUAGGCUUUGUCUUCUUGGUAGCGGCCUACCUUCCUUCUACUGUUUCUACUUAUAAGUAUGACCCUAUCUGCCGGCACACCUGGCAAGGUACAGUCAGUGCUUCAGUCGCUAGGAAUGGCGGCCACAGACCUCUCUCAGUUGAUCUUCAGCCAUUUGUAUUGGAUUCCUGUUGAGGCAGCUGAUGUGGCAGAGGUCAAGAUAGCAGCCUGAACAUUUCUGGAAAUAAACCUGCAGAAUAUUUAUGAACAUGGUUCAAAGCCUUCAGUGAAACUGGGAUAUAUUUUGUAAUCAAGACAGUUGGUGUAGGCUAUCUGCUUGUUAUCAUCAACAGGGCCCCAGACAGCUUUCAUUCUAUGGUCUGCUGCACUGAACCACACUCACUAUUAGAAACAACUCUUGUGUGCCAGGGGAGUUUGUUCUGCUUUCCUAGUAGCAGAAUUAACGCUAACCUAGUUGGAGUCAAAGGCAUCAAAGUGACCAACCAGCUGCGCUCAUGGAGUCCAUAACCCAGUCUAAGAUGUCUUCAGGUCCUAUUAUAAUCCAGGAAAUGCCUUCCUUAAGCAAUAGCCUGACAUUUACAAAAAAGACAGCAGAAUUAACAUCAGCUGCUGAAUCUUCAGCUUGGACUCUUAUUGACAGCUUGCUGAGUGCUGAUAAUGUCACAAAGUGUGACAUAGAGCAGAGUUUUCUGCUCCAGAAACUGGCAGCAGCACCGGAAGUCGGUCUCUCGCUUGCACGAGAUAUACUUAAGAAAAUCUUAAAACAUGAAGUGGACAUCAAUAUGAUGGAUAAAAAUAAAGACACAGCUGUCGUGGUGGCUGCCAGAUGUGACAACACAAAGAUGGUGAUGGAGCUUCUAUCCCGACAGGCAGCUUUACCACCUGAUGUAACACACGUGUGUUCUUUCUUGCAGACUCUGACUAACAACUGGAAACCACAAGAGACGCCUUAUAUGCACGCGCUUGUUGUCAAACUGUUGUGGGACAGACUACAAGACACAGCACUACACAGCUGUCACAAACAGCUUCACCACACACUGGUCCGGCUGGCAGUCACGUUUCACACGUCACUUGUACGUGAAAUGUUUGUAACAGAACAACAAGUGAACUCUGUAGACAGUGAGGGGAUGGCCGUGUUACACAGAGUGGCCAUGUUUGAUAGCGAUGACCAUGUCCGCCUUUUGCACUAUUUCAUCAGCAAAGGGGCAAAUGUCAAUCUACAGAAUACUUCCGGUGACACACCUCUACAUAUUGCUGCCAAAAAUAGCAACUGGAUGAUGAUGGAGGCUUUGUUACACCGACAAGCUUACAGUGAUGUGACUAACUGUGAACAGCUCUCAGUCUUACACAUAAUGGCUUCUUACACAGAUUCUAAACGUUUUUCUGAAAUUGAACAUCUAUUUCAACUGUUAAUUUUCAACAAUAAUAAUGUCAACAAAAAAGACGGCGAAGGAAACACAGCCUUACAUCUGGCAGCCCUCGCCGGUAACAUAACUUUUAUGAAGACAUUGUUAGAUCAUGGUGCUCGUGCUGAUGGUGUUAAUGACGAGCAGAAGACAGUUCUACACAUGAUGGCCAUGGCAAAAAAAGAAGUAUUCUCAAAUAUAAAUUCCUGCAUCAAUGUUUUAGUGCUGACUUUAAAGAAAGGCGUAGAUAUUCAACAAAAGAAUUGUGAUGGUAACUCUGCUCUGCAUCUUGCUGCUAAACACGACAACGGGGGCUUGGUGGAAUUUUUGUUGAAGUAUGUUGACGAUGCUGCUCAGCCUGACAGUGAAGGCUUCAACAUUCUGCACAGACUUGCCAUGACAAUAUCUUCGCAAGGCCACAGUUUGUUUCACAAGGUGGCUCAGAAAGUUGGUGACAUCAAUGCAAAAAGUAAAACAGGCGAUACAGCCAUACAGCUGGCUGCCAAAUGUCAGAACUGGGACAUGGUCAAGCUGCUAGAACAAGAAGGCGCCGCAUGGGACGAACUAGACAGCGAAGGCUUUCAUGUUGUUCACAGAUACGCUAUGGGAGACAACAAAAAGCAUUAUUCGUUACCUUCAUUUCUGGAGAACAGCAUGCACCGUAACCCACGUUGUUGGACUGGCGAUACAGUGUUGCACCUGGCUGCAAGGCAUGGCAACUGGUCAGUGGUGAAACUCAUUGUAGAAGAUGUGGAUGACAUAAACGAGGUAGAUUCUGAAGGUUUUACUGUUAUUCAAAGACUUGUCAUGUCACCAACAGAUACAUUUUAUGAUAAUUCGUUAAUCAGCCACCUCAUUGAGCUUGGAGCUGACUACACCUGUCGUGAUCAAAAUGGCGACACUGUGCUGCACCUGGCUACCAAAUAUGGCCACUGGAAGAUUGUCAAACACCUUGCGAACCUUGGGGCAGAAGCAGACACACCAGAUAGCGAAGGGUUUUCGGUUCUUCACAGAAUAGCAACAACAGACAGAAGUCAUUUAGUCACCGUUGAAGAAUUUGCACAGCACGGUACAUCUAUAAAUCACAAGAAUCUUCAAGGAAACACGCCUCUUCAUCUUGCAGUCCAUCAUCAAAAUUGGACCGUGGCAGAAAAACUCGUAAACUGCGGGGCAGAUGUUAAUGAUGUCGAUGCCGAAGGCUUCACGGUCCUUCACAGGCUAGGACAAAUACAAAAUUCUGAUUACUCAUGUAAGUCGCUAAUUCAACUCUUGCUUGAAAAGGGAGCGAAGUGUGAUAUUAAGACAAACAAAUACGAGACCGUUUCCGAAAUUAUCGUUCAAAAUGAAAACUGGAGCAUGAUGAAAUGUUUGCUUGAUCAAGGAACACUUGUAUUCAGAGAAUACGAAGACAAAUGUCUUUUGCACCAGUUAGUUUGCAGUCACCAUGGAGACGACUACACUAAUGUUUGUGACCUCCUGAUUGAGAAAGGAUUGUCUGUUAAUGCUAAAAAUUGUGAUGGCAACUCGCUUCUUCACCUCGCAGCAGGGGCGGGUAACUGGAAGUUGGUGGAACAUUUGAUACAAAAAGGUGCACGUGAAAACAUGGUAGACAGCAAAGGCUUGUCCAUUUUGCACAGAUUUGUUACUGAUGCAAAGAGAGAAAUGUACAAUUAUGCCCAUUCUCUGGAUACGAUCAUCGCUUCUAGUGUUGACUUAAACGCCUUGGACCCUCGGGGUAACACAGCAUUACAAAUUGCAGCAAAACGUAGGCUGAUGGCCAUUGUGGACCGCCUAAUAGACAGCACUGAAAAUCCAAACACAAAAGAUGAUGAGGGCUUUACUCUUCUGUUGAGAGUAUCACAAACGCCCUCGCGAGAAUGUCUUUCUAUUUGUCAGCGUCUGGUGCAGAAAGGUGCUGACAUCAACGUCUGCUCCCCAGAUGGCGAAUCAGCUCUUCAGCUUGCAGUCAAAAACAACAACUGGCCUGUAGUAGAAUUACUGAUGAACAGCGGCGCUCGAUUUGAGGUUGAAAUUUUGGAAGGUCUUCAUCCUGUGCACAAUCUAAUAAAAAGUUUCACAUCUUCUGAGGAUAAUGAACUUAAAUUAAUGACAUUCUUAAAAGACAGAGGACUUUCUGUUAGCACACAAGAUUCAAGGGGAAAGACACCAGCAGAACUGGCAUUCACACUCAAGAGAUGGAAACUUUUCAAACACCUUUUAGAAUCAGGAGCUCAUUUAAAUCCAAUUCUCAGAAAUGGAAACUCAUAUUUUCAUGAACUUGCAAAAUGCUUUUCCCAUGACGACAUGAACGAUAUUAUACGUCUCUUGCUUAGCCGUGGUUUUGACAUAAACCUCAGAAACGACGAUGGUGAUACGCCUGUCCAUGUGGCGGCUGAUAAAGGCAACUGGGACACUGUAAAAACAUUUGUGGAGCACGGCGCCAAUACAAACGUGCUUGACAGUAAAGGGUAUUGUCUGCUUCAUAAGCGUCUUAAGAAACAAACCAGUCAACGUUUUGGUUACCACGUUAUUGAAGAGCCGUCUACCUACAAAUCACACGUAGAACUCUUAAGGACUUUCGUAGCACGCGGCGAAGACGUCAACCGUCGAGGGCCAGACAACAAGACAGCCCUGCAAUUAGCUGUUGCCAACCACAGAUGGAAGGUGGUCGGAGAGUUAAUUUCAUUAGGAGCUGAUUUGGAACUCAGUCAUGAUGAGAAACUGUCAGCCUUAGAACACCUCUAUUGUUUUGCUUGGGAAAGUGGCGCCAGGGAAAAGAUGUAUUCUUUCAUAAAAUACAUUACAAAUGAUGGUUCUGAUAUUAACAUCUCUUUCCAAAAUGAACGCGGACAUGGUAACCCAAAAACUUUGUUACAGAAGAGCGUAGAGAAGGCUAAUUUGCAGGUGGCUAUUGCCUUAGUUGAAUGUGGAGCAGACGUGAGUCAGAUGCUCAGAGAUGGGGCGCUCUUACAACUGCUGAAGUCCAGAUAUUCGGGGGUUGAUCACACAACGCGGAUGCGUUUUCUUGAUUUAUUGAUUUCCAGAGGUCUUGAUAUUAAUACCAAACAAAGGGGAGCCGAUACUCUGGUUCUUGACUCUACGGGACACAGAGGAUCGGCUCCCCUUUCCACAGAUCUUUUUCCCAAUAAAAGUGAAGAUUUCGUCCCUAGUUUCUCAGAUGGCAAUGAUGACUUUAUUUCCAUUAACUAUGACAAUGACAGCGACAACAUCAUCUAUUAUGAUGGCACUGGGUUCUUUGGAAGCAUGUCCCCUCGUACAUCUGAUUCUGAUGACCCAUAUUAUUCUGGUGGUGAAUUUAGCUAUCCCCAGACUCAGGAGUCUUCAGUUGUAGCCACAAGCCAGGACAUGGCUCAUCCAAACAAAGCUCUGCCACUUAGCAAAAUGGCAACAGAACUAAACACAGCGGCUGAGUCUAGUAACUGGACUCUGGUCAAUGACUUGCUGAGUGUCGAUGGCGUCUGUAGGUGUGAUGUAGAGCAGUGCAGUCUCCUCCAUAAACUGGCAGCAGCACCGGAAGUCAGCCUCUCACUGGCAGGAGACAUACUGACAAAGAUUCUGAAACACAAAGUAGACAUCAACAUGGUGGAUACAAGCGGUGACACAGCUGUCGUGGUGGCUGCCAGAUGUGACAACACAAAGAUGGUGAUGGAGCUUCUAUCCCGACAGGCAGCUCUACCACCUGAUGUAACACACGUGUGUUCUUUCUUGCAGACUCUGACUAACAACUGGAAACCACAAGAGACGCCUUAUAUGCACGCGCUUGUUGUCAAACUGUUGUGGGACAGACUACAAGACACAGCACUACACAGCUGUCACAAACAGCUUCACCACACACUGGUCCGGCUGGCAGUCACGUUUCACACGUCACUUGUACGUGAAAUGUUUGUAACAGAACAACAAGUGAACUCUGUAGACAGUGAGGGGAUGGCCGUGUUACACAGAGUGGCCAUGUUUGAUAGCGAUGACCAUGUCCGCCUUUUGCACUAUUUCAUCAGCAAAGGGGCAAAUGUCAAUCUACAGAAUACUUCCGGUGACACACCUCUACAUAUUGCUGCCAAAAAUAGCAACUGGAUGAUGAUGGAGGCUCUGUUACACCGACAAGCCUACUAUCUUCCGUUGUUAAGUCGUAACAACAACGACAUCAACAAAAAAGACGGUGAGGGAAACACAGCCUUACAUCUGGCAGCACUCGCCGGUAACCUAUCGUUAAUGACGACAUUAUUAGGUCGAGGUGCUCGUGCUGAUGGUGUUAACAAUGAACAGAAGACAGUGCUACUCAUGAUGGCGAUGACCAAAAGAGAACUAUUCUCGAAUAUCAAUUCAUACAUAAACGUUUUAGUGCUGACUGUAAAGAGAGGCGCUGAUAUUCAACAAAAGAAUUGUGAUGGUAACUCUGCUCUGCAUCUUGCCGCCAAACAUGACAGCUGGAUCAUGGUGGAAUUUUUGUUGAAGUAUGUUGACGAUGCUGGUCAGCCUGACAGUGAAGGCUUCAACAUUCUGCACAGACUUGCCAUAGCAACAUCCUUGCAAGACCACAGUUUGUUUCACAAGGUGGCUCAGAAAGUUGGUGACAUCAAUGCAAAAAGUAAAACAGGCGAUACAGCCAUACACCUGGCUGCAAAAUGUCAGAACUGGGACAUGGUCAAGCUGCUAGAACAAGAAGGCGCCGCAUGGGACGAACUAGACAGCGAAGGCUUUCAUAUUGUUCACAGAUACGCUAUGGGAAAAAACAUGGAGCAUAAUAUGCUUUCAUUUUUGGAUAUUAGUAUGUACUGUAACACUCGUUGUUGGACUGGCGAUACGGUGUUCCACCUGGCUGCAAGGCAUGGCAACUGGUCAGUGGUGGAACUCAUUGUAGAUUAUGUGGAUAACAUAGACAAGGUAGAUUCUAAUGGUUUGACUGUUAUUCAAAGACUUGUCAUGUCAGCAACAAAUACAUUUUCUUCAGAGUAUUCCUUAUUCUGCCGCCUCAUUGAGCUUGGCGCUGACUACACCUGUCGUGAUCAAAACGGCGAUACUGUGUUACACCUGGCAGCCAGAAAUGGCCACUGGCAGAUUGUCAAGCACCUUACGAACCUUGGCGCUGAAGUAGACACAAAAGAUAGCGAAGGGUUUUCGAUUCUUCACAGAAUAGCAACAGAAGAGAAAAGGUCUGAUUCAGUCACUGCUAAAGAACUUUCACAGUGCGGUGCAAUUAUAAAACAAAAAGAUCUUCAAGGAAACACACCUCUUCAUCUUGCUGUCCAGCAUAAAAAUUGGGCCGUGGCCAAAGACCUCGUAAAAUGCGGGGCAGAUGUUAACGAUGUCGACGCUGAAGGCUUCACAGUCCUUCAUAGGCUAGGACAGAUACACAAUUAUGAUCACUCAAGUUUAUCACUAAUUGAGCUUUUACUUGAAAAGGGAGCUAGGUCUGACAUUGUGUCAAAUGGUGGUGAGACCGUUUGGAAAAUUGUAGUUCAGAAUGAAAACUGGAGAAUGAUGGAAUGUUUACUUGCUUCACGCAGACUUGUAUUUAAAGAACACGAAGACAAAUAUCUUUUGCACAAUUUAGUUUGCAGUCACCAAGGAGACAACCACGUCGAGCUCUGUGACCUGAUUCAGAAAAGAUUACCUGUAAAUGCUAAGGAUCGUGAUGGCAACUCGCUGCUUCAUCUCGCAGCAGGGGCAGGUAACUGGAAGUUGGUAAAAGGUUUGAUACUAAAAGGUGCACGUGAAAACAUGGUAGACAGCAAAGGUCUGUCAAUUUUACACAGAUUUGUUAUUGGUGCUGACAGAGGAAUGUACAGUUAUAAUGAUACUUUAGAUAUGAUUAUGGAUUCUGGUGUUAGUGUGAACGCCUUGGACCCUCGGGGUAACACAGCAUUACAAAUUGCAGCAAAACGUAGGCUGAUGGGCAUUGUGGACCGCCUAAUAGACAGCACUGAAAAUACAAACACAAAAGAUGACGAGGGCUUUACUCUUCUGAUGAGAGUAUCACAAACGCCCUCGCCAGAAUGUCUUUCUAUUUGUCAGCGUCUGGUGCAGAAAGGUGCUGACAUCAACAUCUGCUCCCCAGACGGCGAAUCAGCUCUUCAUCUUGCAGUCAGAAACAACAACUGGCCUGUAGUAGAAUUACUGAUGAACAGCGGGGCUCGAUUUGAGGUUGAAAUUUUGGAAGGUCUUUAUCCUGUGCACAAUCUAAUAAAACAUUCCACAUUUGCUGAGGAUAGUCAACUAAAAUUAAUGACAUUCUUAACAUACAGUGACCAUUCCACAUCUUCUGAAGACAGUCAACUGAAACUACUGACAUUGUUAAGAGACAGGGACUUUCUGUUAGCACACCAGAUCCAAGGGGAAAGACACCCGCAGAACUUGCAUUCACACUCAAGAAAUGGAAACUUUUCAUAAUACCUUUUAGAAUCAGGAGCUCAUCUUAAUCCACCUCUGAGAAAGGGAAACUCAUAUUUUCAUGAAUUUGCAAGAAACACUUCUGCUUGCAGCAACAUGACCGAUAUUACACGUCUCUUGCUUAGCCGUGGUUUCGACAUAAACCUCAGA